GGCGCCCAGCCCCGCCCGGCUGCCGCCCGGCAGGCUGUUCAGCCGAGCGCCGAGCGCCGCCGCUCAGCCUCAGGCAGCCGAUGGCCGAUGCGGCAGGGCUGAGGUAAAACAUGGCUCUGUCGCGGGGGCUGCGGUGCUGUCAGCGAGCGUUCGCCUGGCUUCCCGUCCUCAUCAUCACUCUCGUCGUUCUCUGGUCCUAUUACGCCUACGUCUGUGAGCUGUGUCUGGUGACCCUGAGCAACCCAGUGGAAAAAGUGGCCUAUCUUGUAAUAUUCCAUAUUCUCUUUGUGCUCUUUGUGUGGACAUACUGGAAGUCUAUUUUCACUCUCCCAGUGCAGCCAGGCAAAAAGUAUCACAUCUCUUACGCUGACCAGGAGCGCUACGAGAAUGAAGAAAGGCCAGAGGUGCAGAGGCAAAUUCUCGCUGAGAUUGCAAGGAAGCUGCCAGUGUACACCAGAACGGGGAGUGGAGGGAUUCGAUUCUGUGAUAGAUGCCAGCUAAUAAAACCUGAUCGUUGCCACCACUGCUCCGUUUGUGCCAUAUGCGUGCUGAAAAUGGAUCACCACUGUCCGUGGGUGAAUAACUGCAUUGGAUUCUCUAACUACAAAUUCUUUCUGCUGUUCUUAGCCUAUUCUUUGUUGUAUUGCUUGUAUAUUGCUGCAACAGUCUUCAAGUAUUUCAUUAAGUACUGGACAGGUGAACUGACAAAUGGACGUUCCAAAUUUCAUGUCCUUUUCCUUCUCUUUGUGGCGGUCAUGUUCUUCGUAAGCCUGAUGUUUCUGUUUGGCUACCAUUGCUGGCUUGUCAGUAGAAACAGAUCUACUUUAGAGGCUUUCUCAGCUCCAGUGUUUCAAAAUGGCCCAGAUAAAAAUGGAUUCAAUCUUGGCUUUGUAAAGAAUCUUCAGCAAGUGUUUGGAGAAGAAAAAAAGCUCUGGUUGCUACCUAUUGCCUCCAGCCAGGGUGAUGGACACUUUUUCCCAAUGAGAGCUUUGUGUGAAGCUCAGAAUCCUCUCCUAGCUAAUGAAGAGCACUGGGAAGAUGAUGGAAUAGAUGAAGAGCCUCAUGAUGCUGGUGAAGCUUCUUCCCUUGCCAUAGAAAAGGAGACGUAGCAGCUUGAAAUGCGGCAGUGUAAAGCUUGUUCAGCAAGCUUCCCUCUCAGGAGCCAAUGUCCCUUCUCUUGGCAUGGACUUCAGUUCUGAGGGGCAGCAAACGAGUGGUUCUUCCAGAUGAGAAAGCAUCAUGAAGUGUCAUCUGAUUGGAAUCAGCAUUCUAGAGUGCUUCUCCAGAAUUCCUGCUAUCCAGAUGUUUCCAGGCUUUAUAAGUUUAAGUUACAGAGCGAACAGAACAGUUUUAUAUAAGAGUGAUUGAUCUGGCCAAGCUUCUUUGGUCUGCUCUGCUUGUUUUAUAAAUGAUAUAUAUUUUAUAUUCCAGAUAGGUAAGACUAUGGAUGUGAGUGCUUUUCCAAAGGCCUUUUCAUUUUGCAAACAUCAGGGACUCCGAUUUCUUGAACCAUUCUUCCAAGCCAUAGUAUUCUGGAGGAUGGUAUUUGUUGGGAGACUGAUUCUCCAGCCUUCUCUGACAGGUGGCAUUUUCUAACACCUGUAGAGUUCUGUCUUGAGUUAGUUCAGCUCAAAGACAGACAGACCCAUCAAAAAUGUGGCACUUGAUUGAUAGUUUGAGCCAAGUGUGUUGAAAGAGAAGGUGCUGAACGUGCAAAUAGACCUGUGCAUCUGCGUGUGACAACAAAGUAUCCGUGUGGCUGGUGUCGAGCCUCAAGAAUAUUGUGGCCAUAGAUUCUGUGCAAGUUUUUCAGGCAGGCGUAAGAGUCUUUUUGAGUUUUAGUGCCCUUUAAGCCCUUUUCUUGUUAGCACCUAAAAUGCAAAGGGGAACUGCAGACAGUGCAGUUUGCACUGAUUCCUAGGGCUAAAGUAUCACCUCGCUCCUGUGUUUGAUGGAAAUCUGUGUUUAUGGACUCACAAAGGAGGAUCUGAAACACUGCAACUGGAAAUGUGCACUGAAAGUUAAGCUCCAGAUGCAGUGUUCAGAGUUUACACUCUACAAGGGUGGUUUUAGCCCUGUACUGCUGAAGAUAGGAUGGAUGUGUUCAAUUCUUUUUGACUUCUUCCUAGCUAAUUUACUGACUGGGGUUUUAAAAAGGUUUCUCAGCACUAAAAGGUGAUCAGAUGUUUAAUUUUGCUCCAUUUUUGCAGCCAGAGGAAUGUUUCACUUGUUUUAUUCUGUGCACUGGAAGCAAGAAUCUGCUGGCAGGAUGGUACAUUUUUCUAGACCUGAGUCUUUUUUUUUAUCUGCAUGAACCAGACCUGGCAACUCCAUUGCUCAUAUUUGAAUUAUAUGCAUGCUUAAAGUAUUCUGCAUUUAUGAUCAAUUCAUACCAAUUUCUACCCUGGUUUUCUGUUGAUCAGCCUGUUUGUGUUGGCAGUGAUACACAAGCAGAUGUGCACGUCCUGAGGAAUUCCCUGCUAAGUAUCUGUCUGGUGAGAAAGGCCUUGCCUACCUGCUACCCCCAUUGUUUCCUCUGUUUGCUGUGUGGAAGUGACUUUGUGAGACUGCAGGGAGGCUUGUAGAGAUUUUCUGUCCGAAAGAGUAGACUUUACCUGGUGUAACCCUGUGGACAGGUAUUUCACACCUCGGCCUCUAGUUUGUCACACAGCAGACAGCAACUGCUGUAGAAUGUCUUAUGGCUGAGGCUUAGUUGUUGGGAGACAGGGUGGGCUCUCCCAGGCUGAGUGCAGGUUAGUCUCUGAGCACGACUGGACUCUGCAUGUUCCUGCUUUCUACCACUUCAAUCACAGCUCUGGGUAGUUCUGUCAUCAAAUAGCUGUUGAGUACUGAAACUAUUUCUCCUAUCAACCCAAACCUGCAUUUCUGAUGUUAAUCUUGUGGUGGACCUCAAGUGGUGUUUGAUGAAAGACAGUAGGAGAUUGAAUCACCUCUGUUCUGGCAAAAACAGGUCUGGAAUGGAUCUUAAGAUAAACACAAUAGGUAGUGGAACUUGGCACCAAUAGGCAGUCUAAAACCAGUCAUUUUAAUCGUACUCCCUGCUACCUGUGGUUUUAAAGCUGGGCUGCCAUUUACUUUUUAAGUAGGGUUUGGUUUUUUCCCUUCUCAAAAAGUUGUGUACCAAGAGUGUGGUAAGAGCAGGAUGCAGAAAGUCCUGUGGAAUAUGCACUGGAAAAGAGAAAUUGCUCCUACUGUUUGUAGUCACUGCUGUAGGGUAACAAAGGAGAUAAAGUACUCAGCAGUGUGAGUAGCUUUUUAAACACGUAAAUAGCUCUUUUGUUUUCCAUCCCCCGGAGGCUGCCCACCAUGUCGCUGCUGACCGUAAGGGCUGUACAAUCAAACCUCUCCUGAUGUACUGUGACACCUCCACCUUACUUGCCCAGUCUCCAUAACCCCAAUUAUACUGCAGCUCUGGGAGCUGGCCAGAGCUUCCAAUUCACCCUGUUUGUUUCUCAUACUGCCUGCAUUGGUGUGCAAGUAUCUUGGAGGCACUUCUGAGCAACCCAUGCACCCAGGAGCAGUGUAAAUACUCCCACUGGGAUUUGCUGCCUCAGGACUCUCACUGUUAAGUCUCUACUUAGCCAGGCACUGAAGCUUGAAUCUCAAUUCUGAUCUGAUUUGUGUGGCUCUAGUGCUCAUUAGGCUGUUGGUGCAUUGUGGAAGCAGGAAGGCAACUCAUCCAACCCUUUCCGAGGCUAGAUGUAUGCUACAGAAUAAAGCAGAGUGGUUCUCAGCUCAGGGUCAGAAAUAGCUUGUCCUGAGUGUAUCCCAUGGCGCCAGUGGAGCUUGCGGUGCAGAAGCAGCUGUAUCUCGAGAAAAAUGAAGUCAGGGCACAGAAAGGAGAGUUCAGCCCCAGUACAGCAAGUUCUUCCUUGCCCCUGGCCUGGUGGUUGCUUGCGUUUCAGCACUAUCAAACACUGUCAAUGUCCUUCCUGCAGUGAGGACUUUCUCUGCUGUCAGCUCUUCCAGGUGGGUGUCACUGUGUGAAAGCACCAAGACUCUUGCUGGACUUUACUGUGAAACAUGGCACUGUCUCCUCCCUGUGCUCCCCAAUUAACACUCCAAAAUAACUAACCACUAAGAGUCCCUCCUCACCUCUUCCCCUUCUCUCCCACUUACAUUCAGGUACACUGUACUCCUUAAAAAAACAGAGGAAACAUCAUAUUGAUGUAUUGCAGUAGUCCUCUCUUUAGCCAGAGAACCCUGUCCAGGGAGUUGUGACUUCUGUCACUGCACUGCCAUUCUGUUUUGUCUCCUACUGAAUUGGUACAGCGUGGUUUUGGGCAGAUUCUCUUGAGCAGGACUCAGUAGAAGGUGUUUUCAGUAGGCUGUACCUACUGCAGCUUGUGUACUGUCACUGAUAGGGACCAGGGAGCUUCCUGACAGCACCAGAGCAAUGAAUGUUUCUUUCCUGGAACAAACCAGGGAUCUGUACUGGCUGUAGGUUUUUCCUUCUGGGUGCUGGUGUAGAUGAAAGUACAACUUAGUUACUGAACCUGUCUAUAAUAUAAUAUGAAUGUAAAGUGUUGGAGGAGAAAAAAAAACAUUUACCUUUUCUUUCUCAGACAGAUCUGAGUGAUGUGCUGAGAUGUGUUCAGGGACCUGCCUGAACUACCUCCUGUGUAGUCAUGGCUCCAAUAGAAGAGAUUUCCUCUUUGCAGAGCUGUGAUGAGCUAGCAGGACAAGGAAGUGCUCUGACCUCAUGUAUUAAGUCAGAAUUCCUUAGCUUCAAGGGUCACAUUUCCAUUGCAGUGACUCCUGUGGUACCCAUUUUUUAAACUGAUCCAUAGUACUUGAAAAUGACUUGAGUUUACUGGUGAUUUUCCAACUCUGUCAGCUCCUUUUGUUACAGAACACUUGGAAACACAAUCUCAUUCUGAACCCCUCACUUACAGCUCUCCAUGGCAGAAGGGCUUCUUUCCUGAGGAGUGAUCUGCACAACAGCCUGGCAGCAGUGCCAGGUGUGGCAUCACCACUGACACCCUCUGUUAAAUGGUUUUAUUCUAGUCCUUUUUCUGUCCCACUCUGAGUCUUCCUCCUUCCUCCUGAAUAUGCAGUUUAAAUACCAUCAGCUUUCAGCUGCUGUGCUGGCUUUCUGCAUGCUCUGAGGGUGAGUGGGUGUCAUUUUAAGCAGUUGUGCCACUUACUUAUUUUAGCCUUUGUCAGUUUGAUUCUCACUUCACCUCAUCUUGCUUUGCUCUGAGACAACUUCCUGCACUGCUUUUCUCUUCCCUACAAUCCUUAUUUCUUCCUUUUCUAUCCUCAGCUGGGAAUGUUAACCUUGUGAAAUAAAAUGUAUGUUUCUAUUUCAGACACGAGCCUGGACAUGGGUUUAUGCUGCUCAAAGCAAUUAUUUUCUGUGUGAGGUUUAAAGAGUUACAGCAGCAUUUGUAGAAUUUCAGUGGGUGACAGCCACUAUGAAAAAAAAAAGGCAGAAAUUAUGGUGAAGAGAAAAACAAAAACCACACCAAAACCCUAAAAAACUAAACAAAACUAAAAGGAGAAAGGGAUUGUCUGUGCUGCUAUUCUGAUUGUGGGUUGUUUGUGUCAAGGGCCGGUACCAAACAGCUCUUGUCAUGUGAGUAUUGUUACCUGAAGGCACUGCUGCUUUUUCAGCACUUACUAGACUUGAACUUUUCUCCAGCUCAACCUUGGACUAAAUCUCCUGGGAAGCCUGGAGACAAACAAAAAGCCCUGUCCUCUGAGGACAGUGUGUGCUGCACCUCCUCAGAUCAGCACUGCUCUGAGAAAGAGAAAUGAAAAUCCAGUGUUGGUGUAUUUAUUUUUUCCCUGCCUUUUUCUGGAGGAUCCAGGAGCCUCUAAGAUGGGUAGGAGGGAGACAGUUCCCUCUGGUCUAAUCAUCAUGAUGCCAUGAACCACCGAGGUGGCCUGCCUAGAGGAAGAGGCAUGGCUUUUAUGACUAAGCUGUGUGAGGAGGUAGGUGGAACCUGUUGUGAUUGCUUCCCCAUGUAGGCAAUACUGCAAAAUCAUAUUAAGGUGUAGGUUCUCUGCACUCACUGGUGGUCCAGGCACGAGCUACUCCAGAGUAAACGCUGCUGUUGGAGCAGGGAGCUUCUAACAGCUUCCCUCCUGCUAGUAACAUAUAAAAUAGAAGAGGCUGGUUUAUCUUAAAACUGCUUCUAUCUGUCUGGCAGUUUUCUGUCGGCAAGUGUGACUCAUGUUUGUUGUGAGAGUGGAUCCCUCAGACAACAUUUGCUAAACUCUCAGGAUCGGAUGAUGGCAGAUUUAUCUCUAUGCUAGAAUACAGCAGCAGCAGUUUUUGACUUUGCUUCCAAGUAAAGCACGUGGCUUCCACUCACUGGUGUUGUGACCAAGCAGGAAGACCUGAGUGGAGCAGGACACCAAAUGCAGGAGCCAUUUGGGAUCCAACACACUACCUCCUCCAAUGGCUCAAAGCUCUCUGCACUCCAACCCACCCUAGCACCUUGUCUUAGCAGGGAGGGCUGGUGUAGUGGGCUCUGUGCCAGCAACUGUGAACCCACUGAAAACAGUAACAGAAAUCCCAUUGUACUGAGCUGUCCCAGCUGCUUUACAGGUAACCAGUCUGGCUAACUGGUGUUUACUUGGGUUCAGGGGUUUAAUGCUGCUGCCAGCACCAGGACUUUUGAUAUCAAAUGUGUUUUUAGAAAAGCUUUGGAUACCUAUUUCUACUGUCCCACAAAUGGAAUAUUCUGACUUUAUUCUGAAUGCUUUGUGUACCUUUCAGCAGUGUUUUCCAAGUGUUUGUAUGGUUUCUACAGCUCAAAAAUCCUGUACCUUCUGCUUUGUCAUUUUCUAUUAUGGUUUAUACUGUACUGCAGGCCAGGUCUGCAUUAAACCCAUUUCUGGCUGAUUUA